AUCGUCGAGCAGACUGAAAGACUGCAAGCAUCAAACAAGAGUGUUUCUCUGAUUUUAGAAAGACAAGCGAGUGUACAAGAUUAGUUGGAAUUGCGGAAACAAUCUACAGUCAGCAACUAAUUUACAUAGAUCAAAAUAAUUCCUUCAAGUGCAGUAGACCUAGAUAAUCUGCAAAAUGCAAGCUGUUGGUCAGUGUUCAGUGUGUGCCAGCCGUGCUGCCGGAGGACUACUGCGAAAUCAGACAGAUCUAUCACUGCUGCGGACCAACAAGAAUCUGCUCAGGAGAGGAGCAGCCAGUAUCCGUUUCAUAAGCAGCAGGAAGCCUGGAGUUCAGAAGUUGGGGGAACGAAUAGAUAUUGAGCACAUCAGCAUAGCACCUUUAAGUGUCGGCCGUGGGCUUUAUGCUAUCCCUUUUACACAGCAAAUGGAAAACCUCUCUCACGACUCCCUGAUCAGAAGAGCUGCCUCAGUGGUGACAGACAGUUCAAGUACCUUCCUCUCCCAGACCUCCUUGGCUCUAAUAAAUGCCCUGACCGACUACUCAAAGGCUGUGCACACACGCAUUGUUGUCCAAAGACGCUAUUUAGUCUCACUGGGAAAACUGACCCAAGCAGAGAAGGAUUCCUUCCUGGAGGUGAUCAAUUGCCAGCGUGCAGAGGCUAGUGACAGACUACAUGAAUGCAAACGUAUUGAGUCAACCUGGACCAAUGCUGUCAACUUGUGUAAAAUAGCAGCCGAGGCAGCACAAACCUCAGGAGCCGAGCAGGCGUCCAUCACAGUGAGGACAAACAUUCAGGUGGCCCAGUCGCAGGUGGAGGAAGCUCGGCAACUGUCAGCGGAUGCGGAUAAAAAGUUGGCCGAGACUAAAGUGGAAGAGAUCCAAAGGAUGGCAGAAUAUACUGCCUUUCUAGAGGGUAGCGAGGAGCAUGAGGUGCACGAGGCAUAUCUACGAGAGGACUAAGACAAAUAGACAAUAAGACAAAAAGAUGUUGAAAUUAACAAGAAAUACGUGUUUGUUUUCCCUAUUAUAUCUCUCUUCUUUCUGCAUUAAUUACAUUCAUAAAUGUUGCAUUAAACCUUAUUUAAGACUAUUUAUUUGAUUUGUGAAUGCCAGCCACUUUUCAAGCAAUGAUGGAGUAAUGAUCAUCGAAUCUUCAGUAUAUAUUGUAUGGCAGUUGGGGUUUCCCAUCAUCAGAUAACAAUGUUGUUUAUUGUUUGUUUUGUUGUAACAAAGACAUAUUUUUAUAAUGCUAUUGUUGGCAUCAUUGUUUUUUCCCUGAUCACAUAAUAGGACAAAAUAAAAUGAUUUUUGAUUUGAUUCAACA